GUUUUCCGGGUGCGCAUGCGCGGGCCGUGCCCCGCCCUCCGCCUCUCGUUCGUGGGUUGGUGGGUUUGGGUCACGUGGAAGUGCCUCGCCUCUUCCUCGCGGCAGGGGGCCCGCCCUCUGGCUGGUUUCCGGUUCGGUGGGUCGGAGAUGACGGAGCCGGUUGCCUCUCCGGACGACCCCUGGGUCAAGGCAAGCCCCGCGGGCGCGUACGCCGGCGAGGGGAGGGCGGGUCGGGCUCAUGCACGUGGGGGGUCCCGAAGACUAGGGGAUUCCCUGCAGUCCCCAAAGGUCCCCCCGCCCUCCGGGCCCCGGGGCUGCAGAGAAGACAGCCCUCACCCUGCGCGUGCCAAGGUGGAGUAUGCCUACAGUGACAACAGCCUGGACCCCGGGCUUUUUGUAGAAAGUACCCGAAAGGGGAGUGUAGUGUCCAGAGCUAAUAGCAUCGGUUCCACCAGUGCCUCUUCUGUCCCCAAUACAGAUGAUGAGGACAGUGAUUACCACCAGGAGUCCUACAAGGAGUCCUACAAGGACCGGCGGCGGCGAGCACACACUCAGGCUGAGCAGAAGAGGAGAGACGCCAUCAAGAGAGGCUAUGAUGACCUCCAGACCAUCGUCCCCACCUGCCAGCAGCAGGACUUCUCCAUUGGCUCCCAAAAGCUCAGCAAAGCCAUCGUUCUACAGAAGACUAUUGACUACAUCCAGUUUUUGCACAAGGAGAAGAAAAAGCAGGAGGAGGAGGUGUCCAUGCUACGCAAGGACGUCACGGCCCUAAAGAUCAUGAAAGUGAACUAUGAGCAGAUUGUGAAGGCACACCAGGACAAUCCCCAUGAGGGAGAUGACCAGGUCUCUGACCAAGUCAAGUUCAAUGUGUUUCAAGGCAUCAUGGACUCACUGUUCCAGUCCUUCAAUGCCUCUAUCUCCGUGGCCAGUUUCCAGGAGCUGUCAGCCUGUGUCUUCAGCUGGAUUGAGGAGCACUGUAAGCCUCAGACCCUACGGGAGAUUGUGAUUGGCGUCUUGCACCAACUGAAGAACCAGCUGUACUGACUGGGUUUUGGAAGCUGCAGAAGAGCCAACAAGAGGCCAGAGUCUCCUACUUGGCCACGGAGCCACUGGGCUUAUGAGAUUGGACUGCAACACUGCACACCAGUCAGCUGGUUCUCGGUGUUUGGUUCCCCAGCACCCCUUCAUCCUCACUGGGGCUGGGGUAUUUGUUUUGUGAAAGCUUUAAUUUAUUAUACUGACCACAGAACUUGAGCUUACUGUCUUUCCCCUUCUCCGUAGAAGUCUUCGGGAGGGGGGGACCCUGUUCUGGGGACACCCCCCCUCCCCCCAUAAGAGCUCCUGGUCUCUCCCCUUCUAAUCCUCAGAUUUUUGCUCCUGAUUACACAUAUUGGGAAGCUAC